AUGCUCGUCAACACCCUCACCCUGCUCUCCCUCCUCGGCACCAGGCAAGACGCCACCGACCUCCCCCCUACCGCAAAGGUCAUCAAACCCGCAAACUCCACCAUGGAGCAGUUCAAGGCAGACUUUGAAGACCUCUGCCCCAGGUACUACGCUCCCCAAGACCACGGACAGACCGACCAGCCUAUCUUCGUCUCCCAGUCAUUCGAGGCGGACAGCUUGAGCGAUGAUGCCGCAGAGAAGAAGAGGGACAUUGACCCUGAUGAUAUUGCCACUGUCAGCUGUAUCUACCUUUACUACAGUACCACCCCAUACCAAAACAUUGGUGUUGACGUAGCGAUCGCUUUGGGCGGGGACGGGCUCGUCACCAUUGACGACUAG